CCAAGCUUUGCGUUGUCAUUUGUUUUCCUGUGUAUUCAAUGUUAUUUUUGUUUUCGUAGAAUGUCAAUUUUUGACUUUGUUAAAACCAUCGAAUUAAUGGCCUGUAGUUUCCACGGCAUUCCAGAUCCACAUUAUCGCUUUGUAACCGAUGCAAAAAUAAUAGUCAAGGAGGUUAUUAGACAAUUGGACUGCAAUCAUUCCCCAUUUGCGAACCAUAUGAAACCGAUGGAAAAUACAGUUUCCUCUGUCAGGCAAAUUGACAUAGAUAUGCCGCUGGCGUUUGAAACAUUUCUGCCCAUUUGCCUGCCGUUCGCGUUAAGCUCCAGUUUCAAUAAGGACGAACGCAGUGUGCAGCUGAAGAAAGCUGGCUUUGAGCAUCCCUUCUUCUUUGGGAAUGUGGUCAAUGCCAAGACCAUGAAUUUUCUGCUGCAAUCUGAUCUGGAGCUGGCUGUGAAAGAGGUCUCCACGGUAGUAGGCAAAUGGGGCUCCGUUUAUGACCUGAAGUACUCGGCGCUUAGCUGCAAUAACAUACCCUUUGCCCAUCAGAUUGUUGCCGAGGAGAGGGGCAACAAUGGCAUGAUGAUACACUUUGACUUUAUACUGGCCUUGGAAUUCGAUGGUGCCGUCAUGCCACUGCCCGCCUACUACAAGGUGCCCCUAACCUACAAGUGGAUGGCCUUUGGUUUGGUGUCAGUUGGUGACCACUAUGAUGGUUCCAAUUGGGCUGUGCUCCUGCCCCGUUGGCAGUCAGACACGGUCUCGAUACGGCUGCGUUGCCACGGUAUGCUGCAGUUGCUCUACCGCAUGCUAUACACGCAGCGUUGCUAUUGCUUUGCUGUGCCGCUGCUCGUCAAGUUCAGCUUCUUUAUGACGACCUCUGAUUGGGGUGAUGGCUACAAAACAAUGAGCGUGGCUGAGUUGUUGAUCACUACGCUGGGCAACUUUUGUGAACUCAUAGUAGCCUACAAGGUUGGAGAUGCCGUGUCGAACAUGAGAAGCAGCAAGUCACUCCGCGAGCAGCAGGUAUGCUGCAAGGGCAUCUUUGCCAUGCUGACCAAGAGCUUCCAGCUGAAUGCGAUAAGAGUUGGAUUUAUAGAGAAACUCUUUCAAUUCGAUUUGUCGGCAUUAACUGAAACAAAUGCUGCUGGCAACAUGCAGCUUUCCCAAGCGGGGGUCAAUGAGCAAGAGCUGGAGCUGGAGCUGGAAGAGGAUAAGCAGCGAGAAGAGCAAACAUCAGUCUGCCGUGAGCGACGAAUUACCAUUUAGGAAAAAAAGACAAGACGCAAAUUCCAAAGUUAAAUUGUGCAUUAAGUGGACUAGUUUUUACUUUUGCCCGUUAGGUGUUGUUGUUGCAAGGCGCAGCACGAAGAUUGAGUUAACUGUAAAUUGGCAGGGAUAACAAAGACGCUGCAAAUCUCAGUAAUAGCGCAUAUUUCUGUGCCCAAAAAUAAGUGGAACUGAACACACACACAUUCAUACAGACUGAACCCUACCACACAUACACAUUGACAGAUACAAAAGUUAAUAAAAGCCAACUACAAACUAAAGCUCUGUUGGGUUACGUGCCCU